UCUCAAUAUCGAACCUACAAAUCACAAUGAGUCAUUUGGACCCUACAACUUUGAAGCAAGUGUCUUACUAUGCCCGAGGUCUACAUGCUCCACUGCCUACUUUAGAAAUAAUUCUAUAUGUUAUUACAAUGACAACAGCUGUGAUUUUUAUAUGUAUGGCUGUUCUUUUGGCCUCACUUGACAACUAUGAAAAGUUAAAUCCCAGAGACUUUUAUCCUGGUUGGAGUCUGCUGAAUGCAAAGAAGGACAUAUCAGAAAAUGAAUGGAAUUUAUGGAACAAAUGGUUUGAAAAAAUUACUCCUUUUCUUCUUGGACACAUUCUUAUUGGAAAAUUGGUUGAAUUCAAAUGCUUCAGCAUCAAUGAUAGUAUGAAUAUAAGAUCCAGGUGGAGAAAGAUGUGUAUGGUGAGGCAGAAGGAAAAAAAAAAAAUGCGGAAAUAUUUUUUUGCGUUUUAUUCUUCACUCUGUUUGACAUACUUACUUGGUUGGAAACCUUUGGCAUUGUUGGUACUACAAUGUGGUUUUUGCUAUUUAGCAUCAAUGACUGGUUCAAAGGUUUUAAUAUGGAUUAUCUCUAUAUUAUUCCUUUCAAUGCUGAAUUUUGAUAUCAGUGUUGUUUUUCUGCAAACUACUUUGUUUCCAUGGACACCAGAGCUGGAUCUUCAUUACUAUUUUCUGAUGAUCAUCAUGUCCUUAUGUAACAUUCGUUACACAAGUUUUUGCCUGGAAUAUUCUGAUUAUGUAAAAUGGAAAAAGAAACAAGUCCAUGAAGAUGGUGAAAAUCAUAGGAAUGGUUUUGAUUUCUGUGAUCUGCUUUGUUAUACCAUUUAUUUGCCUUUAUGCUUCUCGGGACCUUUGAUAAACUAUGAUGAAUUUCAUCAACAGAUUUCCAAACCUCAGCAAAUGUGGUCUAAGCAAAGGCUAAAAAAUCAUGUUAUUGAUUUCUUAAGAAUUGGUGGCUGGGCACUUUGCUUCCAUAUUAUUCUCCACUAUUUCUACUAUAAUUCUUUGUCAUAUAAUUUGGCCAUCGUGGAAUCGCUUUCUCAGUGGACACUUGUUGGAAUUGGAUAUUGCCAAGGGCAGUUUUUUAUGGUAAAAUAUCUAAUUAUAUGGGGUAUUGCAUCUAGCAUUGCAAAAUUGGAUCAGUUUGAACCACCGAAAGGACCAAAAUGUAUAUCAUAUGUGUAUCUAUACUCGGAAAUGUGGAGGCAUUUUGACCGAGGAUUAUAUUCAUUUAUGAAAAGGUAUAUUUAUGUUCCUGCUGGUGGAUCUCAUAAUGGCAUAAUAAAACAACUUCUUGCGUCUGCUGUGAGUUUUUGCUAUGUGUUUUACUGGCACGGAAUGAGGGAACACUUGUUCAUUUGGACCCUAUUGAACUUUAUUGUUGUUGGUUUAGAGUCACUGUCAAGGAAAAUUCUUUAUGUCCCCUUUCUUGCAAACAUUUGGGUAAAUGAUUUCUCACCUUGCAUUGUACGACGAUUACAUGCCAUUUUGGCUCUUCCCACAUUGUUGGCAUCAUGUGUUGCUAUUUUCUACUUCAUGAAUGGCACAACGGUUGGUGAUAUAUUCCUUAACAGGCUCAUUCUGAAAGCUGAAAUCUACACCAUUGUCUUCAUGAUGGUUUGUUUAUAUGCCUCAAUUCAAGUUGGAAUGGAAGCAAGGCGAUAUGAGUUCUUCAGAGAGAAAGUAAACCCUAAAAUUACUUUGUAUGAAUCCCAUUCUAAAGAAUUACCAAGUGUCAAAGAGAAGAACUGAUUUGAAAUACCUGGAAAAUAUUUAUUUCUAUAAAAGAACCUUGAGAAAAGGGAAAACAAUUUUUAGAAAAACAACAGAAAUAGGUGAAUUCAUCGUUAAUUUAUUGUUGUAAGGUAGUGAGCUACCAAAAUCAUUAGAACAUUGGAAAAAAAUGCCUUGUGGUAAUUGUUGCAGUUCUUUAUAUUCUGAUUUCAAAUCCCACCAAUAUCAAUUUUGCCUUAUAUCCCUCCAUUAAAUGAAAUACAAAUCAAAAACUGGGAUCAUUGUAAUUGACAAAAUUCCUUCCCUCAAAAUUGUUGACCUUUGUCUAAAUUAGAAACCAUUAUUUAUUUAUUCUAGGAUAAUUGUAAAUAAAUUCAUACAAUAUUAGCUGCUGCUACAAAGGAAAACAGUUUCUAUCAUCAAAUAUGAUGUAUUGUUACAUCAAUAUUUUUUUGUAAAAUGAGUUUGAAUGCCACAAUGAAGUUUAUACAAUUGUUUUAUAACAUAAUAUUAAUAAUACAACAGAAAUAAAAAAACACAUAAUAUUGUAACAAAGUUGUGUAUAGGUGUGUGUUUAAUUGUCAUUUUUGUUAUAUCUUUCGAAAUUUGUUUGACAGGUGCAGGGAGGGCUGUUUGGUAAGAGGUUAACUUUCCAACCACAUGGUUCUGGGUUCAGUCCCUUUACACUGCACCUUAGGCAAGUGUCUUUUAUUAUAGCCCCAGUCCAACGAAAACCUUCUGAGUGGAUUUGGUAGAAGGAAACUGAUAGAAGCCCAUAUAUAUAUACAUAUAUGUAUGUAUAUGUGUGUGUAUGUGUGUGUGUGUGUUUUGUGUAUGUUUCUACCACUUGACAACUGGUGUUGGUUUGUUUAUAUCCCUGUAAUAUAGUAGUUGAAGCAAAAGAGAUCGAUACUGGGGUUGAUUUGUUUGACUAAACCCUUCAAGGCAGUGCCCCAGCAUGGCCACAGUGCAAUGACUGAAACAACUAAAAAAGAAGAGAUUAAAAAAGAAAGUUCCUUAUCAAGAUACGAAGAAGAAUAUGUGAUAGAAAAGUUACGUAUUUAAUUAGUUUGCAAUAUUUUCAGAAAACCAUUUUAAAAACUUUUGAAGAUGAACAAUUUUUUUUGACUUGUAAAAGUCUUAAAGUCCUAAGGAACUGAACUAACUUAAAAGCGUUUGAAGAGAUGAUAUGGAUUGUGACUUGAAGAUUUUUCACUAUGCAACAUACUCUGUAUGAAAGUAAGAGUCAAAAACAUUGAAUGGAUGACUAAUAAAGGAUAUCAGAAGAAUGACUAAAUGUGCUUAACUCAAGAUCACAAAUUCUUAGAUCAUUUAUUCCAAUGUUGCCAUAGCUUUAUAAUGUCAAAAAGCAAGACUCAGCACUGUAUUUGUGUCAUUCAGUGUUCUCUUUGAAUCUUUCCAUAGCCGAGUGGUUGGAAUAAAUUGCAUUAACUUUUUGUAAGAACCAGCUGUAUGUGUGCAUAUGCAUCUUCUAACCCACAUACUUAUUAAAUGCCUCUUGGUAUGGGAAAUA